AAAAAAUUAUCAAAAAGUUAAAAAUCUUUGUUUACAAUGAACUGGUGCGACUUGGAAUUUUUACCAGCUGUCGGUUUCCUUUGAUCUUUUUUUCUAGAUAAGAAAAAUUUAACCGUUCAGUUAAAAAAAUCGUAAACUUUCGCAACACGUGAAAUUAACUUUUUUUGCAUUUAAAUUUCUAAAUCAUUUUAGGCGUGUGAUUAAUCACAUGCCUGAAAAAAUAUUGAGUUUUUAAAAAUGGAUUUUUUAGAUUGAUUACCUUUAAAAUCCAUUUUGUAGCAUGCGAUAGCAGCCCUCAAAAUAAUUUAUGGAGACUCGUCAGACAAAACGUCCAAUAGAUUUCCGUCUUGUCGUACACUUUUAGUUCUCAGGAUUAUUGAAUAAUCCUGGUCCUUUUAAUCCACGAGCAAGCCUAUUCAUAGCCAACCUGACCAUCCUAUCUAAUUCACCGACUCCUGACUUUAGUUAAAAGAUGUGGUUCUUAAAUAAGUCUGCAAAACUGCACUUACAGGCGGAACAGAAAUUUUAUUAUGGAUUUAAUUGUAGAUGAUUUCUUUAUUUGAUAAAGCACUCAGAAACCAUAGCAGGUCCCAAUUUAAUGUUUUUUCUUUAUGCCUUUAAAAAAGAAACCCAUGUGCCGUAUAGUUUUUUCUUCUCUGAACUUUCAGAAUGAAUUUUGAAGUUUUAUAUAAGCCAAGUGGAUAAAGAUUUUUUUUAAUUUGAAAACAAAGCAUAUUUUUGGCUAUAUUUGCUUGUGAUGACCUGAAAAAUUAACAAUAAAUAUAAAAAUGACAGUAUAGUCAUGCAUACUAUUUCGGACAUGUAGACAAAUAAAUGUGCAACAAAAAUAAUCUCGGAGUCCGUAUCACAGGUGUAACAUUCUUUGCACGUGCAUUUUACAUCGCACAUGUUACUUGAUUUACACGUGCGAAUCAUUGCACACCUACUCAAAUAUUCCUGAAAAUGACUGAUCUCGGGUGCUUUUUUGAAUUAAGGUGUGAAUGUAAACCUAACUCGAGUUAUGAUACUUAUUGUGAUGAAAGGCUGUGAAUAAUUUCGCACUAAACUUCAAUGGAAAAUAUUUCUAAAAAUAAAAAUCAUUCAAAGCAUAAUUCAAAAAUGCUCCUGAGAUAAAUGUAUAGCGAAUGCAAAAUUGUAAACAAAAUGUAUGAAAGUUUUCUAGUUUUGUAAAUAGGACAAAUUUUCUAAACAAGGGGUCAUUUUUUUAAGCAUUUUUUUAUAAUCUAAGAUUAUUUUUUUUCAAAAAACAUUUAGAUCAUUGUCUAGAUAAUUUUAUAUGCUUUGGAAUAUAACUAUGUCAAUGCAUUGACCAUCAUUCAAUUUUAGUUUCACGAUUUUUAAUACAUAGCACUUCUUUCCCUUACUCACACCUUAAUCCAUUCCAAACCAAUGAAACAUUACCGUUAAACGACGAAAAUGACCCAAAUUUUUGUAACUCAACUUUUUAUACAUUGCUUAAAAAUAUUAUUACAAAAUAAUAUUCUCCUAAUUCAGACAUAUUUUUUACUACAUCUCAACAUUAGAGGCAUGCAAAAGAAUUUAGAUAUAUAGUUUUAAAAAGUUUCUCCAAACUCUAAAUUUUUGCUUUAAAAUAAUUUGUGAAACUUGGUGUUCUGAUUGAAGACAUACAAUUUCUCUAUUGUAUAAAGAAACAGUGAGUCAUUAAAUACUAAACAAAACAUUGUGAGUGUUAAGUUAGUAAAAAAGAUGAUAUCCUUCUUAGGUUACCUGGAUUAGAAGAGAAUAUUCGAUGAAAUUUCUUGGAGUUCUUCUUCUGGACGAAAAUUUAACUUGGAGAGAACAUAUUAAAUUAGUUAAAAACAAGGUUUCUAAAAGCUUAGAAAUCUUAUAUAAAGUCAGUUUUGCUUUUAAUCUGAUUUAAAAUUAUAUAUUUUUCCUUUAUAGAUUGCUAUUUAAAUUAUGCAAACGUUGCAUGGGGUAUCACUAAUAUAAUCAAAUUUAAAAAACUGUACAUUCAGGAAACACGCCAGUAGGAUUAUAUUACGACAGAAUAAAUGGCCCCAUUGUAGACCACCGCUAAAAGAACUGGGUCUUCUGAAUGUAUGUCAGCUACAUUUUUAAAGUUCUUUUUUUCAUGUAAAAGAUUGAAAAUUUAAUAGCACCAAAUAUAUUCAUCACACUGUUUAAGAAAGUUCAACAUAAAUAUCCAACUAGAUUAUCAGGUAACAAUUUUAUUCGGCCAGAAAUCUUAUCUAAUAUAACAAAAUUUUUAAUAUCAAAACAAGGUCUAAAACUUUGGAGCAUGCUUCUAACUAAUGAGAAAAAAAGCAUUCUAUCUACAAAACAAUUUAAAAUUGCACUAAGAAAUCAGCUGUUACGGAGUAAUAAUGAAUGGGUCUUCUUUUGAAACAACACUACGUGUGAUAACUAAACGCUUUCUUUUUAUUUAAAAUAACAUUUAAUAUUUUUAUAUAAACUUUUAUUGUCAAUUUUUAUUUGACAGGUCUUUUAAUGAUGGCUAUGUGAGGUGUAAGAUGAUAAGAGUGUAUAGUCUUCUAUCCUGCCAUUUAUUCUAUGUACCUGAUACAUACUGAUACUUAGUGUAUUUAGAACUUUUAUCUGUAAUUUUCAAAUAGUUGUAAGUCAACUUUAUUUUUUGGUGAAAAAAAGUGUGUACUGCUUAUUAGGUGAUUCUCCAAAUUAUGAUUAAAAGUGAACUGACAAAAAAAAGUACAUAUAUAUAUAUAUGUUUUUUAUGUAAUAAAAACAUUUUUACAUAUCACAAAAACAAUAUGGUAAAGUUACGUGUAUGAAAAAGUUUCAUAUAUGUAAUACUUAUUUGUUUUGACCCUAAAUAUCUGGAGAACCAAGGCUCACAAAUAUAAAAAAAAAUUAAAGUUCUUAUUCACACUAUAAUGAAUUAUAUAAGCCCAACUUGUUAUCAAUUCUUAGUUCUCCUUUAAGAUGGAAGACUAAUUAAGUGCAAGGUACCUAUUUAGCUAGGAUGAAUCAAUUUUUUGAGAGCCGAGCUCAACCUCUUUAUAACGGAGUGAUAGAAUUGAUUUUGUAUAAAUAAAGCCAGGUCUGUAAUAUAUAUGUAAAUUUUGUAAAAGUGAAGCUCUCAGUUGUUUUAGUACCAUAAUUUGACAUAAUUAAGCAGUGUAAACCUAAAACGCUUUAAAAAUAGUAAAAAGAGAGUGAUUUAAUUUGUGGAAAUUAUAGAAUUCCCUUAGCUAGCUAACUUUAGAUGCUGUGAAAAAAAACACAGAUCCCCCUAUUUUUUUAUACCACAUUGCGUGCAUCUUGCUACUUGCAGUACUAUUUUAUGUAACAGAAAGUUGUACACAGGUGUUAUAAAAUAGAUUAUAGCAUGAUUUUGAACUGACGUUGGCUUAACAUAAUUUUUCAUUUUUGAAACAAAUGGCUCCUUAUCCAUUUGUGUACGAUCAUCAAUGAGCAUGUGGUUUUGAGUUUGUCUUGGUUUAAUCAAUGAUAAUGUUUUAGAGAGGCUUGAUUACAAUAGGCAUUUGUUACCCAAAUUAGACUUCAAUAUUCUUCCACUAGUUAAUAGCAGUAUGUCAAAUUAACAGUGUUUUCUUAGUUAGCAGUUUUACCUGACUGGCAAUAAAACAAGCAUGAUUGGGUAGUUUGGGGCAGAAAAAGCAGAACCACUCAGGAAAACACUGGCUGAUUACGUCAUCUAAAAAAAUAGCCUGUUCUGUGUAUUGCAUUCCACAAAUAGUUUUUUUUUUUUUUAGUAAAAAAAGAUUACUAACAGUUAUUAUUACCACAUGACUUGACCAGGGAAUAAACCCACAACGUUCUGCACUAAAGGGGAACACUCUACUACAAGGCCAUUAGUUAGUAAAACCUAACUUAAUCUGGCCUAGUUAACUACGAUUUUUUCCAGGAUAUCAAUUCCGUUUUACUCAAAUGAAAGAUUAGAUGUAAAACAAAUGUUAAAGCAAAUCCCCAAAAUUCGAAUCCACCUCAUAAUAAACCCUGAAUUACAAUCAGCCAAUGAGCACAAAAUCAGUGUGGUCACAUCUUAUCCUCCUAAAUGAUACAAAAAUUAAUUAUAUUUGUUCUGUUGAGUAAGACCAUACAUGCUCAAAACAGUAUUAUUGACCACUUUAGCAAAGAAUAAUAGAAUCAAAAAGGAUGGUUAGUAUUCUCAACACAGAAAAAUCUUUUGAGACCCAGCGUAAUUUUUCCCCCCUUAAGUUUUCUGAGUUCCUGGUAGUAAGAAAAAUUAGGUUGGAUCUCCUGGGUAAACUUACCGAACCCUAAAUACCUAAAGUUGUGUCUCAGUAUGGCAUUGUCUCUGAUCAAGAUACAAUUACUCAUCCAGGGAUUUUCAAAUGAAUUUUGUACAAAAUAAUUUUGUGGAGGUAGGACAAUAAGCUUCAAGAUUGAUAAAGAAAUUUAAAAUCUUGGUCAAAACUUUGGGACAACUGCUGUUUGGUUGAAAUAAGGACAAAGCUUGUGUUUUUAUUUUAUUUUCAAAAAAUGCAUAAUAAGUUGACACUAGGACUUCGCUUUGAAAUAUAUAUAAUAUCAAACACUUUAUAUAUUCUACAUAUUUAAUUUUAUUAACCAGAAAGAAAAUGGAGGAAUUUUCAGUGUGUUUCACUGACCCUUUAAUAGUUGAUAUGACAUUGUUUUGGGAAUGGUUGAUUGGUGCAUCUGAAAUUGAAUCUGCAAAAAAGUUGGCAGUGUCAACAACUAAUCCUGUCGGCGACAUUCCAUACACAAUAGUUGUACAAGAAGUUCGAGAACAAUAUGUGUUGUUUCGUUUUUUGCAACAAUACCUUCAAUCACCACCAUUAUUGGACUCGCCUAUUCUAUCUUCACUCUCACCGAAGGUUAAGGAGAAAUUAUUAGAAAGCUACUAUGAAUUCGACAAGGAGGUAAUGAGAGAGAUUCUGGGUAAAAAAAUGAGUGCCAAAUUGAGAAAGGAUAUGGAUGAUGUGAGCGAGAGAACGGGAAUUCCUUUGCGGAGUUGUCAAAGACAGUUUGAUAAUAUUAAAAACAUCAUCAAGACCUAUGAGGACAUGGAAGGUGGUGUGAUGGUAACCUUAACAAAGCAAUUUCUCUUUUCAAACAGUCUUGUGCAAAAAUAUUAUCCAUUGGUGUUUGUCUUUAUAAGUCGGUUUGAAACCGCUAAAAAAAGGCUUCAGUAUUUGAGUUAUGAUGACAUUAUUAAUUGUACUGAAUGCAUUUUAACGAAAUGGACAUUUACACCAGAGUUGCAUAAUUCUGGAGAAAAAAUUGUUGAACAUGAUGAAGUUGAUCGACAUUUCAUUCAGGAACUGAGAGAUCUUCGAAACCUUACCAUAGAUAAAGAUUUUCAAGAUGUUCACAAAAGUUUAAUCAUGAAUCGGAUGGAUAAAAAUGCUGCUACACCACAUUUUAUCAAAAGUAUGGAAGCAAAUUUUAAGAUGUUUUCACGCAAUAUAUUUGUACUUGGCGCUGGACUCACUCACACAAAAGACUUCAGAGAUUUCUUUAACGAUUGCGUUGAAAAGCUCGUGGAGCCUGUUAAACAGCUUGAGUGGUCGAGCAAGGAAUUUGACGUCUUUUUGACAGCUAUGAUUAAUUCCUGGGGUGAUUUUAAAGAACAUUAUGAGUGAGUGGAUUCAAUCUUGUGGAAACAUUCAAACAUAAUGGCAGUUCGAAAUCUCGAUGCUGUUUAUAUCCGUUAUAUGGAAGUGAUGAAAAGAUGCUUAUUGUUUCUUUACAAGUGAGAAGAAACCAGUUGGUGUGUGAACACAUCAAGGAAUAUGUGAGUGUUAGUACCGAUAAAAAGAAAAGUAACAGAACAAACGCUUGAUUCAUUCAAAACACGAAAGGAAGUUGUGUUAUGUGGUUCAUAAACUGUUUCAAAAUCACAUGUAUCCUACAAAAAAAUUACGUCAGGGUAACGACACAAAUGCGACAUGUCAAGUUUACAUGUGACGAUUAAGAAAAACUUCUUAUCUGAAACAAAAACCUUUUUUUAUGAAUUCUCCUGUAACGUAGGCUAUACGAUUCGUACUGCUGGACAGAAAUCAAAACAGUUGUAGAACACUUUAUAAAAGAGAUGUAAAGUUAAUGUUUAAAAUAAUUAUUGAUAUUACUUUUUA